AUGGACCUCUUCGAUAGAGUUCGGAUAGUACCAGGCAGAGAACUAAGGAAUAACAAAAUUUCGGGCUCAAUUCCAUCUGAUAUUAACCACUACUGGAGUUUGCAGUAUAUGGAUCUUAAUUUCAACAAUAUAAGUGGACAGAUUCCUAGAUCGCUUUUCCAGUCGUUUAUGUUGACUCACCUGUUUCUUGGAAAUAAUAGGUUAACUGGCACCCUGCCUACCUCUAAAAGUGGGAAACUUCUCAAAAUAAAUUUAGUCGCCAAUAACUUCACCCUUGAAAGUAACAGCAGACUAAGGAUGUUAGCUGCUUCUUGUUAUCACAUUACAAUGUUCUUGGAUGUCAUCAUAAAGAUGAUUGCUGGUCCUCCUUCCUCUUGUAUUUUAGGUACAGGCCAACAAGCAUUGGCAAGUCCCAAUUUACUUUGCCUCUUAUUCUGGGUUUCAUUGCUGGGAUUGGGCAUAGGAAAUUUGAUCAUUGAUGGAGCUGGGGGUGACAGAAUUGGAUAUAAGGCCACGGAGCUGUCAAUUGAGCUUGUUGGCAUGGAUGUCAAACCAUACACUUUCAGUUAUGUGGAACUAAAGACUACUACAGAGGGCUUCAGUUCUCCAAACAAGCUUGGAGAAGACGUGAAAGCCAGUAAUAUUCUACUAGAUGGUAAUCUCAUCCCAAAAAUAUCAGAUUUUGGUUUGACCAAACUUUAUGAUGACAAAAAGACCCAUAUAAGCACUCGUGUCAUUGGGACAAUUGGAUAUCUUGCACCGGAGUAUGCCAUGUGUGGAUAUCUUAUAGAAAAGAAUGAUGUGUUUGCCUUUGGCGUUGUGAUUCUAGAAGUUGUCAGUGGAAGGCCAAAUUUAGAUUCAAGCUUGAAAGAAGAGAAGAUGUAUCUUCUCGAUUGGACAUUGCCCUCGUCGAGGCCAUCAAUGUCCCAUGUGAUUGCUAUGUUUUGUGGAGAUAUGGAAGUGAGUACAGUAAAUUCUAAGCUUGGAUACUUGACUGAAUGGGCAUUUGAUGAUGCGACCACCUUUGUUAGUGAUGAUAUAAAUGAAGACCGUGAAGAUACAUCUCCCCAGCAAGCCGCUUCAGUUUCGGCAAUUGUUUGCUUGUAUGUCAGUUGCAUUUUCUUGCACCUUCUUGUACUUGAUGUAGUUCAAACUCAAGCUCAAGCCACUACAGCUCCUCGUGAAGCAUUGAAUAUAAUUUUUGAAAAAUGGGGGAUUUCUACCAAUCAAAAUCAAUGGAAUAUAAGUGGAGAGCCAUUUAGUGGAGCCGCCAUUGACGACUCCAUUACCAUUGAUGCCGAUGGUUACAACCCAUUUAUCAAAUGUGACUGUUCUUACAAUAAUAACACCCUUUGCCACAUUAUCGAGAUGAGAGUUUACAAACUGAAAGUUGAUGGUGUGAUCCCAGAUGAGCUAUGGAGUUUGAAUUUCCUCACCUUCCUGAAGGUGACUGGUAACAACUUGUCAGGUUCACUUUCUCCAUCUGUCGGCAAUCUAACCGCAUUAAAAUUAGAAAUUGGAGCAAACAACUUUUCUGGUCCUCUGCCAUCUGAGCUCGGUACUUUGACGAAAUUAAAGACAUUAACUGAAGAGCUAAAUUCUUGGGGAUGUAGAAAUAUUGGAACAAAUAGCUUCUCUGGUUCUCUGCCAUCUGAGCUCAGUAAUUUGACGAACUUAACGAAAUUACAUAUGGAUAGUUGUGGAGUGAGUAGUGAGAUUCCUUCUAGUUUCGCUAAACUAAAGAACCUGGAAAAACUGGUGGCUUCUGACAUUGAACUUACAGGAAGAAUUCCUGACUUUACAGGAAAUUGGUCAAAUCUUAAUACCUUGAGAUUUUUUGGAAAUUCGUUUGAAGGGCCGAUACCAUCAUCCUUUUCCAGUCUAACUAAUCUGACUGAGUUAAUAAAUUAUUUAUUCAAUUGGAGCUCCACGUCGUUAGCAUUUCUAAAGAAUAUGAAAAAAUUAACUUACUUAGAACUAAGGAAUAACAAAAUUUCUGAUUCAAUUCCAUCUAAUAUUGGGGACUACCUGAGUUUGCAGUGCUUGGAUCUAAGUUUCAACAAUAUUAGUGGACAGAUUCCCAACUCACUUUUCAAUUUGGGUUCGUUUACUUACCUAUUUCUUGGAAACAAUAAUUUAAAUGGUACCCUCCCGAAAGAAAAAGGGAUAACUCUUCUCAACAUGAGAGAUUCGAGCUUUGCAAUUAAUUGUGUUGGUCCAAAAAUUACAUCUCACAAUAUUGUGUAUGAGAGUGACACUAAGCCUCUUGGUCCAGCUACAUACUAUUUAGCAGACACAAAUAGAUGGGGAGUUAGUAAUGCUGGAUACUUUAAGAAAUGUAAUGCAAAGUAUACAAUUAGUUCUGAGUCUAUAGUCACAAAUACUCAAGAGCAGAAACUUUUCCAAAAGGCUCGAAUCUCUGCUUCAUCUUUAAGAUACUAUGAUUUAGGCCUUCAAAAUGGAAAGUACACUAUGACUCUCUAGUUUGCAGAAUUAGCUAAUUUAACUACUAUCGGAUGGAAAAGUUUGAGGAGGCGUGUUUUUUAUAUAUAUGUUCAGGGAAAUCUUGUUGAAAAAGAUUUUGACAUAACAAGGGCAACGGGUAGAGUCCUUAGAAGAGCAGUUCAAAGAAAAUAUCCGGCUUAGGUAUCUGAAAACUACAUGGAAAUCCAUUUUUUUUGGGCUGGAAAAGGGACUUGCUUUGUUCCUGACUAUCGUUCAUAUGGACCCUCUAUUUCAGCCAUUAGUGCUGCCCCAGAUUUUGAGCCUAUUGUAAGCCCUCCAAGUGGACCAAAUCAAACCACUGAGAAGAAUAGAACAUGCCUAAUUGUGGGGAUUGUUGUUGUCGUUGGGGUUGUAUUUUUGUUACUUGCAAUUUUCUUCAUUCUCUGAAGAAGAAAAUGGCCACAAACUAUUGAUGACGAGCUUGUCGGCAUGGAUGUUAGACCAUACACUUUCAGUUAUGUGGACCUAAAGACUACUACAGAAGACUUCAAUUCUGCAAAUAAGCUUGGACAAGGAGGAUAUGGACCAGUUUAUAAGGGAACACUAAGUGAUGGAAGAGUAAUUGUUGUGAAGCAAUUAUCUAUAGCAUCCGACCAAGGGAAGAGCUAAUUUGCUGCAGAAAUUGCUACCAUAUCUGCCGUGCAGCACCGUAACCUAGUAAAACUUCAUGGAUGUUGUUAUGAGAGAGCACAACAAAUGCUUGUUUAUGAAUACAUGGAAAACAACAGUCUCGAUAAAGCAUUAUUUGGAAAAGGAAGUUUAGGCCUUGACUGGUCAACGCGUUACGAUAUUUGUUUAGGAGUAGCAAAAGGUAUGGCUUAUCUUCACGAGGAAUCAAGGCUUCAAGUAAUACAUAUAGACGUGAAAGCCAGUAAUAUUCUACUUGAUGAUAAUCUGAUCCCCAAAAUAUCAGAUUUUGGUUUGGCCAGACUUUAUGAUGAUAAGAAGACUCACAUAAGCACUCAUGUUGCAGGGACAAUUGGAUAUGUUGCACCGAAGUAUGCCAUGCGUGGAUAUCUUAUGGAGAAGACUGAUGUGUUUGCCUUCGGCAUUGUGAUUCUAGAGGUUGUUAGUGGGAGGCCAAACUUGGAUUCAAGUUUGGAAGAAGAAAUGUAUUUUCUUGAUUGGGCUUGGCACCUAUACAAGAACAACCGCCAACUCAAGCUAGGUUCAAAAUUGUCAGAAUUCAACGAGGAAGAAGUAAAAAGCCUUCUAGGAGUAGCGCUUUUGUGUACUCAAACAUUGCCUUCCUCGAGGUCAUCAAUGUCCCACGUGAUUACUAUACUUUGUGGAGAUAUGGAAGUGAGUACAGUAAAUUCUAAGCCUAGAUACUUGACUGAAUGGGCAUUUGAUGAUGUGACCACCUUCGUUAGUGAUGAUAUAAAUAAAGAAUGUGAAGAUACUAGCCAUUACAUCUUCUCAACAAGGUUACAUACAAUGGAUAAAUCUCCAGAAAUAAGUACUGUUGAAGCCCUGCUCUAUUGA